AUGUGGCCAGCUGUAGUGGAUGUUGUUGGAAAUGUUCAUGAUGAUGGAACAAAUCUUGACCAACAAGGUGUAGCUUUGGGUUUGAUUGAUCGUAUGGAAAGAUUUGAAUUUGUGUUCAUAUUAUUUUUGAUGAAAAAGGUGUUAGGUAUAACAAAUGGCUUGCCACAAGCCUUGCAAGAGAAAAAUCAAAAUAUAGUGAAUGCUUUAGACAUGGUUGAAGGUGUCAAGUUCAAGUUGCAAUCAUUGAGAGAUGAAGGAUGGGAUGAAUUGUUGGCUAAUGUUUCAAAGUUUUGUGUUGAAAAUGAUAUUGAGAUGCCAAAUAAUAUGGAAGAAAGAAUGUUGGUACGUGGUCGUCCAAGACGUGAGAAGCAAGCCACUACAUAUUUUCACUAUUAUCGUGUUGAGAUUUUUUACUCGGUUCUUGAUAUGAUUAUGCAAAAUAUGAAUAGUCAUUUUCCAGAAUCUACUAUUGAAUUGCUUUCUUGCAUAAGUUGCCUUGAUCCAAAACAAUCAUUUUCAAGAUUUGAUGCUGUUAAAUUAGUUCGUAUUGCCGAGCUGUAUCCAGAAGAUUUCUCAGAAUUGGAUCGAAUGGCAUUAGUAGAUCAAUUAGAGAUGUACAUAUAUGACAUGAGAAAAAAUGUUGAUUUUUCCUCACUAGGAAACAUUGGAGAACUUGCUAUAAAAUUGGUUGAAACAGAAAAGCAUCUCAGAUAUCCUCUAGUUUAUCAGUUGAUUGAGUUGGCCUUGGUCUUGCCUGUUUCAACCGCUUCAGUUGAAAGAGUUUUUUCAACAAUUAAUAUCAUCAAGACUGAUUUGCGUAACAAAAUGGAGGAUGAUUUUUUGACCGAUAGUUUGUAUUUUCAAAAUAUGCGAACUCGUAGGAUUCAAUUGGCACCUCUUAAUCGUAGCAGUAACAAGAGUGGCUCAAGUGUUGGCAUGUAG